AUGCUCCAAAGCGCGCGAGCCGUCCUCGACAGCUUCUUCUCGUCUCCCGGCUUCGCCUCCCCGCCGCCAGUCCGUUUGCGAGACAACGGGAUCCGCCUUCGGAAACAGAGCCGGAAAUCUUCUCCUGGCGGAAACGAGCACGGGCUGCCGGCUGGAGGGUUCAAGGGUUUUGGAGCGCGGCCAGAAGGGAGCCGACGCGGGAAGGGAAGCAGCGGAAGAUCUGGUGGGCGAUCUGAGGAGUGGGGGGUUGCGUCGACAGGUAUUUACAGGGCAGAAAUGCAAGAGGUUUCCACAUAA